CUUUCAGUAAGUUGAAAAUAAAGCUAGAAAAGGAAAAGGAGCCAUGUUCAUGAUUUUAUAGUUGGAAUGGUCCUUCAACUACCUAGGGAAAUUAAAAUAAAGACAGCAAGGUGACUUGUGCCCUGCAAUAUUUGUAGCGUGAGGAAGUUCUGAAGAAAUACAUAAAAGGAAGUACAUCCAAACUUAAGGAGAUCAGUUAUCGGGAUUACUACAGAUACAUUAAAAAAUGGUUGUCCUCAAUGUUUUUCCAGAUGUUGGCAUGGCUGAUGAGUGUGUGCAAAUUACUGCUACAGGUCUCAAACCUCUACAACCAGUGACCAUUCGCUUAACACUUCAGGAUGACAAAGGAGAGUUCUUUCAAUCUAGGGCAUUCUACAAAGCUAAUGCUCGAGGAGAAGUCAAUUUAGAAAGAGAUUCUGCUGUGGGAGGGACAUAUUGUGGUGUGGAGCCAAUGGGUCUCAUAUGGUCUUUGAAGCCUCUAAAACCAUUUAAGAGACCGGUUAAGACAGCAAUAAAAGAUAGUCCAUUUCGAUACACAAUAGACCUCUUUGAUUCCUUGCAAAUAGGAGUGACAGCUGAUUCACAACCUACAAUUACUAAGAAAUUUGAGAGAUGGUUCAUGUCUCUUGAAACACAAAAGAUUACAAUAAAAGAUGGAAGAAUUCGUGGAACACUCUUCAUUCCUUCAGGUAAGGGUCCAUUUCCUGGUGUCAUUGAUAUGUAUGGCGGAGCUGGAGGCCUUGUAGAGUACAGAGCAAGCCUUCUUGCCAACCAUGGGUUUGUAGUCCUAGCACUUGCUUUCUUUGCAUAUGAUGACCUUCCAAGAUCAUUUCACAAGCUGGACCUAGAAUAUUUUGAAGACGCUGCUGAGCUACUUUUGAGUAAUCCCAAGGUGGCUGGACCAAAAGUUGGUGUUUUAGGGGUCUCAAAAGGUGCAGAGAUUGCACUCAUGAUGUCUUCCUUCUUGCCACAAAUUGGAGCUACUGUUAGCAUUAAUGGAACUUGCAACCUGUAUGGAAGUACAUUUUACUAUAAAGGCAAACCUAUUCUGAAAGGCACUAACUACAAUCAAGAGAAAAUGAUGAUAACUGAAGAAGGUCUGAUGUGUACCACUGGACUAUAUGAUGAAAACUCUGACUCCUGUAUUCCAGUAGAAAACGCAUCUGGUCAGAUCCUUUUUGUUGCUGGUGAAGCAGAUCAAUAUUAUAACAGUACAUAUUUUGCUGAAAAAGCUAUGGCUAGGAUGAAGAAAUAUUUAAAGACCAAUGGGAGAUUAAUGUCCAUGCCUGGAGCAGGCCAUUUAAUAGAACCUCCUGGUUUCCCUUUUUGUUGGGCUUCAGAUCUCCGUGGUAACAGACUACCAGUUUUGUGGGGUGGGGAGAUGUUCCCUCAUUGUUUAGCUCAAGAUUUCAUAUGGAAGGAAUGCCGAUCUUUCCUUCUCAAACACCUGAAUCAGGCUAGUAAACUAUAAAAUGUUAUAUCAAAUAAUCAACCAUACUAGUAGAAAUUGCUAUACACAACAUUAUUAAGCCCUAAUGUUUGUUGAUGCAAACAAAAACAUUUUAUACAUUAAACUUUAAUACCAAAACAAAAUGCACAUUCUGUCAUGAGCUGCCUCUGUCUCCCAGGACAUAUUAAAUAAGCAUACAAUCAAUUCUUUAACCAUUAUUGAGAUUGUACUAUUUGAUAAAGGUUUAAGUGCCUUAUUAUUGCUGCCAUAUUCCCAGCGCUGGGAAUUUUCUGGGUUUUCCCCAGAAUCUGUGAUUUUCUCCUGCAAAAAGGUUUGAGUUGUUCCUGCAUAAAGAUUUCUUAAACUGAUUUAGGUAUACAUUCUACAGGGCAAACUAAGCCACUCGUACAGAAGAAGCUUAUUGGGCUUUGACGUUCCUAAAUAUCAGCGAGUUGAAUGUUUUUUCUUGUAUCAUGCAGUGUUAGAGUUAAUUAGAAAGUAAUGAAAGCCCUUUUUAUACUAA